UAUUAUGAUUAAAUUUUUUUAGGCAUAGUUGUAUGUAUGCACAUGUUUUUUGGAAGAGCUAGUGAAAUACAAAGACAAAGAAAGACAUUUAUAUGUGCCUCGCGAGUAUCCAUUAUUAAUAGUCACUAUUUCAUACAUACAUACAUGUGAGUCAGUCACAGUACUCAAACAAAAGCAUCUUAAAACCAUGUCUUUUAUGAUGAGCAUGAAUCCUUCUCCCUCCUCGCCACCGCCACCGUUAUCGUCGCCGUCGGAAUCUUCCUCAACGCCGUCAACACUGCCAGUCCGUACGAUCCCGGGAAGCUACGGAUGGCCGUUACUGGGGCCCAUCUCGGACCGGUUAGACUACUUCUGGUUCCAAGGCCCAGAUACGUUUUUCAGAAAAAGAGUGGAGAAAUACAAGAGCACCGUGUUCCGUACCAACAUACCCCCGACCUUUCCUUUCUUCAGCGUUAAUCCGAACAUUGUGGCCGUGCUGGACUGUAAAUCAUUUUCUCAUCUUUUCGACAUGGAAAUUGUCGAGAAAAAGAAUGUUCUUGUUGGAGAUUUCAUGCCCAGUGUCAAUUACACUGGGGAUAUUAGGGUUGGAGCUUAUCUCGACACUUCUGAACCACAACACGCUAAGGUUAAGAACUUCGCAAUGGAUGUAUUAAAACAAAGCUCGAAGAUAUGGGUGGGAGAACUGACAUCAAAUCUGUCGACGAUGUGGGACACAAUAGAAAAAGACGUAUCUGAGAAAUCAUCCUCAUCCUACUUAGCCCCACUUCAAAAGUUCUUGUUCAACUUCCUGGUCAAGUGUCUAAUUGGUGCUGACCCUUCCAACUCCCCCAAGAUUGCAGAGUCUGGCUACAUCAUGCUCGACCGAUGGUUAGCCUUCCAGCUCCUUCCCACUAUCAAGAUUGGGAUCCUUCAGCCUCUUGAGGAGCUUUUCAUUCAUUCUUUUGCCUAUCCUUUUUUCUUGGUCAGUGGUGACUACAAUAACCUCUCCAGUUUUGUAGAGGAAUAUGGUAAAGAAAUAGUAGCGAGAGGUGAAACCGAGUUCGGGCUGAGUAAACAAGAAGCGAUUCACAACCUUCUCUUCAUUUUGGGUUUCAACGCCUUCGGGGGAUUCUCUAUAUUUCUACCGAGCCUACUGGGCACCGUGGCGAGUGACACAACCGAUCUACAACAAAGACUGGUCAAAGAAGUCAGACAAAAUGGCGGGUCAACUCUGACGUUUGACUCGAUCAAAGAAAUGCCACUCGUUCAAUCGGUCGUGUACGAGACUCUCCGGCUCAAUCCACCUGUUCCGCUCCAAUUCGCCAGGGCCAGGAAGGACUUCCGGCUCAGCUCGCACGACGCGGCCUUCGAGGUGAAGAAAGGCGAGCUCCUAUGCGGGUUUCAAAGCCUUGUUAUGAGGGACCCAAAAAUAUUCUCGGAACCGGAGUCGUUCAUCGGGGACCGGUUCAUGAAAGAUAAAGGUCUGUUAGAUUAUCUUUACUGGUCCAAUGGACCUCAAACCGGUGUGCCCAGCGUCACCAAUAAGCAAUGCGCGGGAAAAGAUAUCGUCACGCUUACGGCUUGUUUGAUCUUGGCUUACACCUUCCGUCGUUAUGACUCCAUCAGCGGGAGCUCAAGUUCAAUCACAGCCCUUAAAAAGGCUUAAACUACUGAAUCAGAGGAGUAUGGUGAUGGUGAUGGUAAUGACAAACUUACAACAUGCAGGAUGAUGAUGUGUUUAAAUAAUUUUAUUAGGGAGAAAAAAGAGAUAUUAGUAUCGGUAUAAUUUAAUAUUAAAUUUUAUAUAUUUUAAUUUAAUAAAUAAUUGCCAAAAAUAAUAAAAUAGGUAAUAAAAUUGUGAUGUUGUUGAUGAUUAGAAGAAGAUAACUUUCUGGGACA